AUGAGGGCCAGAGAAAUGGGUGGAGACUGGGCGAGGCUUCUCUUGGAGGCUGAAGAAAGUAUAGACCCCAGGGACGCCAGCGCUCCGCGGGGCCCUCUCAGUGGCAGCGGCGCCCCGAGGGGCCAUCCCAGGGGUUAUGGUGGUCCUAGGAGCAUUCACUGGGGCAGGCGCAACCCCAAGGGCCCUCAUUACGUGUGGCGGCGACCCCAAGGACACUCCAUGGGCGGCAGCGACUUAGUGAGACCUCCCAUGGGCAGCGGCCACCUCAGGGGCCCUCCCAGGAACGGCGGGGGCCCUCCGAGGGACGGCAGCGACCCCAGGGACCCACCCAAAGACGGCGGCGCCCAUAAGGGCCCUCCCAGAUGUGGUUGCGCACCAGAGGCCAUCCAAGGGGUGGCGACUACCCCAGGGGCCAUCCUAGGGACGGCGGCGUCAUCAUGGCCACACCAGGGGCGUCGUAUCCCAGCCGGGCCAAAUACGUCUGGUUUGGGCCAAAUAGGACCGGUUGAGGCAAAAUAG